CCUCCGAGCAUGGAUCAUGCGCUAGCCGGGCCUCAACGGGGGAAAUGGCUCGUUUCAAGAGAUGCAGAGUACAACAGCCAGAUGGAGAACCACACAUGGGACCUGGUGUACUUGCCAAAUGGGAAGAAGGCAAUACAGUGCAAGUGGCUGGCAAAAAUCAAGACGGAUGAGAAAGGAGAGCCAUCAGUUUACAAGAGCAGGCUGGUGGCAAAGGGGUUUCAGCAGAAAGAGAAGGAAGAUUACAAAGAAGUGUUUGCCCUAACUGCUAAGUCUCCAACGCUACGUGUGCUGCUGGCGGUAGCUGCUGUGCGCAAAUGGAAGGUGAAGCAGAUGGACAUCGUAACCGCUUUUCUGUACGGCAUUGUGGAAGAGGAGGAGUACAUGGUUCAACCACCUGGCUAUGAGGAUGGAACCGGUCGUGUCUGCAAACUUAACAAGGCCAUCUAUGGCUUGAAGCAGGCCCCGAGAUGCUGGUACAACAGGCUGGCCAGUGCACUGGAAGGGAUUGGAUUCCGUGCGAGUGCAUACGACGAGAGCCUAUUCCUGAUGGGCGAGGGGGAGUCGCUUGUGCUUCUGCUGGUGUACGUGGAUGACAUCCUGCUCUUCAGCAGCAGUGACAAGGAGAUCGAUGGGGUGCAGCAGAAGCUCACAGAGCAGUUCAAGUGCAAGUCACUUGGAGAGGCAAGGUACUACCUGGGAAUGCACAUUGAGCGGGAUACUGAACGUGGCUGGCUCAAACUGCAUCAGGGACAGUACAUCAACACCUUGGCUGAGAAGUACUCUCUGCAGGAAGAACGGGAAGUGGUUACACCUUUGCCUUCCGAGUUCAAACUCAUAAAGGCAGCUGAAGGAGAAGGAGUUGAGUGUGAAGACCAGAGGCAAUUCCAAUCCAUGGUCGGGAGCCUACUCUACGCUGCUGUGCAUACUCGGCCUGACAUCAGCUUUGCUGUGGGACAGCUGGCUCGAGUAGUGCAAAAUCCAACAGAAGAGCAGUGUGGUGCAGCGGAGAGAGUGGUGCGCUACCUCAAGUCAUACCCUACAGUGGGAGUACAGUAUUCAGCCUCUGCUCAACUCAGUCAGAAAGGAGUUGAAGUUCUCAAAGAGAAGGGGGAGCAGCUCGGAGAAGGAAAGGUGUUCCUUUCCUGUUUUGCUGAUGCCACAUGGGCUUCUGAGCAUGAGGAUUCAUCAUCAGUAGGUGGAUACAUCUGCAUGGUGGGAGGUGGGCCUGUAAGUUGGAGGUCCAAAAAGCAGUCUGAGACGGCACUAUCGUCAGUGGAAUCUGAGUACAUGGCGAUGUUUCAUGCAGCAAAAGAAAUCAUUUGGCUAAGGAGGCUCUUGAAGGAGAUCGGCCAUGAACAGACUUGUGCGACACCUCUGUUCAGUGACAGCAAGGGAGCCAUUGCCAUGGCACGCAAUGCAGUUCUUCAUGGGUUGAACAAGCACAUGAGGAUCAAGUGGCAUUGGCUGCGGAAGGAGGUGAAGCUUGGGACACUGGAUCCGAUCUACGUGAAAACUCAGCAACAGCCAGCCGACUUCCUUACCAAGCGGCUAGCUGAAGAGCCACACUGGAGCUGUGCGAGAAUGGCGGGAAUGUCCAUGAACUAGAGAUGGCGAAAUAAGCCGACAGUCUGAGGGGGAGUGUGUUGGUGCAUAUUCGUUUGCACGUCAUCCUGUCGUCUGUUCGCAUCAUUUCGUUGCAUGUGUUUUGUGUGCUACGUUGUUUGUGUGGUUUGUUGGGUUUGCAUGUCUUUGCAUAUUCAUCUUGUGCUUGUGCAGAUGUGCUUGGAUUGUACAUCAGAUCGAGCGCAUUCCAACGAGCCAAGAAUUGUUGGAAUCGGAGCACAUAUGAAGAAGUUACGAAUAAAUGUUUGAUGGAUUUGUUACAACUCAUUGGAAGUCCUUGGCAGCUGCUACACCAAAGUUGGAGAGCCCUAAAACGAGGAGGGACCAGCAUGUGUGGGACUUUUGUCCCCACCUUGCAGCUGCAGCAUUUGGGGUUUGGAGACCAACCUGGCACAGUGUGAAUUUUGUCUUGCCAGGCCGGCUGAACCUGAGGAUGGGGAGUCAAGACUUUGACUCUUGUCAUGUUCUUGACCAAGGGCCUCCAGGGUCCUUCCCUUUCAUCCUUCCCUUCCCACCCCACCUUCCAACUAUGCUUCAAUGCCUUUUCCAUCAUGUCUCUGAACUUGUAAGCUUCUAUUAUAG